AUGCACCGCCUGCGUCAGUUUGGUGGUCUUUCUGGCUUUCUCUCUAGAAAAGAGUCGCUGUAUGAUUGCUUCGGGGCUGGCCACUCUUCCACAUCUGUCAGUGCAGUUCAAGGGAUAUACGUCGCUCACCGCAUGCAGCAGAAGGAAAACAGGCUGCACGUUGCGGUUAUCGGGGACGGAGGCUUGACAGGCGGCAUGGCAUAUGAAGCCCUCAACGCAUGCGGCCAUCUGCAAUCCAAAGUGUUGGUUGUCUUGAACGACAAUCAACAAGUCUCCCUUCCUACUGGCACGAACUCCGCGGGGGGCACAGCGCCUGCCAGUGCGGUGUCUCGACACAUGCGCCGUUUGCUGAAAAGCCGCAGCUUCGUGUCUCUUUCCCAGCAGCUCAAGACGCAGCAGCAGCAGCAGCAGCAGCCUCUGGACUUGUCUGCGGUGCAUGCGCCUGCACAAGGAGAACAGGGGGGAGCCUCCUUUUUUGGAGCUCUUGGAUUCGAUUAUUUAGGGCCCAUAGAUGGCCACGACGUGCAAAGCCUCGUAGCGAUCUUCCAGACGAUCAAGCGUCGGGGUUUGGAGCGUCCUACAGUCUUGCACCUCAAGACGGAGAAAGGUUUCGGCUAUGCGCCAGCGCUGGCUGCGCUGGACCGCAUGCACGGGGUCGAGGCAGCCACGCAUCUUCUCGUGCAUGCGGGAAGCCGUACCCUUGCGGGGGCAGCCACAGCAGCAGCGGCGGCGGGGCCCGCGGCCGGUGGCGCGCAGCAGCAGCAGCAGCAGCAGCAGCAGCAGCAGCAGCAGCAGCAGCAGCAGCAGCAAGUGGGCGCCUCUGCGAGUGCAACAGGAGCUCCCAAAGCUGCUGCAGCACCGCGUCACCCUCUGCCAUCCCUUACCUCUGUUGCAGCGAAGGGGUUGCUCCGGCUAGCGGAGAAGGACAGCCUCGUCGUUGGAAUCACGGCAGCGAUGCCAGGCGGAACCGGCCUGUCGCUUUUAGGAGCUCAUCUUCCUUCUCAGCUGUACGACGUGGGCAUUGCGGAGCAGCACGCUGUCACUUUCUGCGGCGGCUUAGCGGCCGGAGGCGCGAAGCCCUUCUGCUGUAUAUACAGCACUUUUCUUCAGAGGGCGUACGAUCAGAUCGUCCACGACGUCGCCUUGCAAAGUCUGCCUGUUAGAUUCAUCAUUGAUCGUGCAGGCUUGGUGGGGGCGGAUGGGAGCACUCACCAGGGUGCCUACGACUUGAGUUUCUUGUCGAAUAUCCCAAACUUCACCGUAAUGGCGCCAAGCGACGAGCAGGAACUUGUUCACAUGCUUGCUACUGUCUACCAAUUGGAGUCUGGCCCGUCUGCCAUUCGCUUCCCGCGGAGCGCAUCUUUUGGCAUCGAAGUUCUCAACAGCAAGCUCGGGCACAAUGUUCAGGAAUUUCAAUUUGAGGGAAAGCCCCUUCCCCUAGGAAAAGGUCGAAUCAUUCGUCGGGCACACCCUAAGGCUGCGUUCAAGGUAGCCCUGCUGUCUCUAGGCACCCCCCUCCUGGAGGCAGUGCAUGCCGCGGAUCUGCUGCAGCGCAUUCGCGCCAUCCCCACCCCCGCACUUGCCGCCGCAGCAGUCGAAGAAGCAGCAGCUGCAGCAGCAGCCGGGAAGACAUCCGCUGCAGGGGGCGAAACACCCCUUGUAGGCGUAACUGUGGCAGAUGCGCGCUUUCUGCGACCCUUAGAUGAAUCCUUGCUAGCGUCUCUAGCUGCCUCUCAUGACGCGCUCCUUCUGAUAGAGGAGGGAGCAGCUGGAGGGUUUUGCAGCAAAGCCAUGCGAGCGCUAGUGCAGCAGGGGGCCCUUGACGGGGGGAGGCUCCAGCUGCGGUGUAUCGACCUUCCGGACCGCUUCAUAGAGGCUGCUGCCCGGGAGCAGCAGCUGAAGGAGGCUGGCCUCACAGCGCCACAUUUUGCAGCAGAGGUUCUCCGCAUGCUGCAUGCGAGGGCUGUGGUGCGUGUACAGACAGUGCGGAACAGCUACCCACAAACGCUCUCUGCUUGCACGCACUCACCAAGCAAAGACGAUGGUGAAGGUGUAGCAGCUGCUGCGGAGGCGGCUACUUACACGGCAGGUCACCUGCCCACGCAGAGUCACGCCUUUUUCGGGAGCGAUACGCUUCCCUGGGAGCACCUCUUGCACACGUGUACCCCUCGCGCUGCGUUGCAUCCCCGUCAGCGGCAGCUUUCUACACGCAGACAUUCGUCUGACGCUUCCUCAACGGCGGCUGCAGCACGAGCAAAGGAAUUCCCCCCCCCGGAUGGAGAGCCAACAGGGGGGGGCCCCCCGGGGGGCCCCCCCCUGUUUCCCCAGAGGCCCCUUUGGGGGUUCGUGCGGCGUGAAGGCCCCUCGCAGGCAGUCGAAUCCUUCAUAAAGGGCGAAGAACGCGGAGAGACUCGCUUGCUUCUGCUGACGGGGCCUGAAGGCGUCGGGAAAUCGUCUCUCCUCAAGGAUUGUGUGGCACGCCUCAUGGAGCAGCGCGACGGGCGUCUUCCAGUCGUAAGAAAUUCGAGUUUGCUUGUGGCCUUUGACGUGGGGUUGAUGGCAGAGAGGAGCUUUGAAGGCUUUUUCGCGGUUGCAAGGCGUGCAGCUGCCCGUCAGCUUGCACUUGCAUGCAGCGCGUUGGAUCCGUCAGUCCCAGACACGAUUUCGAUGCUCAGAAUCUCUCUCCUGAGACAAGUCGCGGCUUCGCUCCCUCCCUCCUUUGCCGCAAGCGUUGCUGCUGCCCUUCGCCACGCAGCGACAGAAGGCGCAGCUGCAGCAGCAGCAAGGAAGGCAGACCUGUGGACUAUGGCACCUCAGGGAACGACUCUUGAGGAAGCCUCUAAGAAGGCAAAUGUUCACAACCGCCUGCAAGAAUCGCGAGGGCAUAACUUGCCCUGGACUGAGCUCCUCAUCUCAGUGUAUUGUACCUUGUUUUCGGAAAGUACAUUUCGAGACUUAGAGGAAACAUCUGGUGGAGGUUUGCCGGAAUUGCCGUCCUUGCACCCAAUCUCCCAGACUAUUCGUGGAGAGUUUGUGCUGCAGCGUCCAGUGACUUUACUGCUGCGUUCCCCCGAGGCUUUGCUGGAGGCAGAUCAGCUUCGCCUUCAAGGCACUGCUUUCUUUCGCUCCCUCCUUGCCACAGCGACGCAGGAAGGGCGAACUGUAGCGACUGUCUUCUCUGUCGCCGAUAGCGUCACCGCCCUACUCGUGCGCGGUGUACGUACACCCCAAACGGGACGGCGCAAGGGGGUGCAGGUGCUUGAGAUCGACGAGUUGAACAAGGACAAUGUCCGGGAACUGUUCUCGCCUCUGCUUUGCACGGACACCUCAGUGGCAGACGCCGCCUUUCUCGCUGUGGGGGGACACCCCAGGCUCCUUCGUCUAAUUUUUGAGGAUCUACAGCAAGCCACCGAGGAUAUGCUGAAGCGACUGUCUCGCCCGGAUGCAGUCCAACGCGAGAAGGAGCAAGCGCGACUAGAGGAUUUCGACGACGAGCCGGAGGAACCCUCUGGAUCUCGCACAGCGCCAGAAGUGAUUUCUACCCUGGCGAAGAAUGCCUUCUACCAAGGAGAACUGCUCAGAGCGGCGGCUACAGCCUUCACGAGUUCUCCCAGACGAAAUCCCUCCCCAGGGGAGGCGUUUCGAGGUCCUUCAUCCUUACGCGCGGACGCUGCCCGUUCGGGGGGCCCCCCAGGGGCCCCUCAAGCCACAGCAGACAAAGUAGUAGCUGCCAAAUUCCUCAAAGUCCACCGCAUGCAGCAGGAGCGACUGCGGCAAAUGUCAGAAACGCUUUUAGUUGAGGAGUUUAGACGCUUCGAGGCACGCGUCCUCUGCUUUCUGAACUUCCCCCUUUUAAGAAAGCUGCGAGACGUCAGCAAAGACGAGGUCCACUUCCUUGUGACUGUGUGCGAGACGAUCCGAGAAUUCUUGCGGCGGCCUUAUGUGCUCUGUCCGGAUCUGGGGAGACUGAAAAACACCGUUCUCUUGGGCUUGUUGGAUGCGAAUUUAAUACGAGUUCAUUUCAGCCCACCGAGGGUGGAGGUUGCGGGAGUCUUCACCAAAAAUCUUUUACAAUCGUUUUGCAACUGCAAAUAUGAUUCCCUAAGCCCCGCCGAGAAGGCCAAGUACUCUCUGAGUCUCCUUCUCAACCAAAGCUCCAUCGAGGCCGCUCUUGAUGACCUCAAGCAUACCGAAGCAGGCCAGUGCACUUACCUGUUUAAACGAGCAUUAGGAUUUAGUCAGUGGCUAGAAGGUUCUGGGCCAAGUCUGCCGUCAAGUCUCCUUGCGAGCAUGUCGAUGGCUAGCCAUGUUGUAGUGUGUAUUGGCCCCUACUUUAUUCGAUAUUGGGCCAUAGAGAAAAAAUUCGGUGCAGAAGAUGGAGGAGCAAAUGCGGAAAGAACGCAAUGCCACACUGGCAUCUUAGACGCAAGGUUAAAAAUGCAAUGGGAAACAAGUCAAGAGAAAGGCGCAGAGGGCGAGGGUAAACGCUUCGGCUCGGCUGCUUAA